AAUGGACUGUCACUCCUAUCCUCAUGCUCUUGCUUCCGGAGGCGAAUCUCAAUCUCUGUUGCCGCUCAGUAGUGGAUUGCCGGCCUCUGCUGCGGGCGGCGCCGUUGGGUAGGGGCCCGCGGAGAGCUCGCUGCCUGGAGGCAUUCUGUAAAACUUCAAGAUGAGCCCAACACAGUGGGACUUCCCUGUGGAACUAUGUUGUCGACCUAUGGCCUUUGUAACCCUCACUGGCUUGGAUGUAGUAUAUAAUGCUGUUCAUCGUGCAGUUUGGGAUGCCUUUUGUGCAAACAGGAGAGCUGACCGAGUACCAAUUUCUUUCAAAGUUCUUCCUGGUGACCAUGAAUAUCCAAAAUGCAGAACAAAGAGAACAUCCUAUGAGUGGUACAUUCCAAAAGGGAUAUUAAAGACUGGCUGGAUGAACAAACAUCUGAAUCUGGUGCCAGCUCUUGUUGUGGUGUUCUAUGAACUGGACUGGGAUGAGCCACAGUGGAAAGAAAAACAGUCAGAAUGUGCUACUAGAGUUGAAAUUGUCAGGCAAAGUUUGCAGGGAAGAAACACAAAAGUUGCUGUGGUUUUGAUUCAAAAGAAAACACCCUUACCUCCAGGGGAAGAUGUUAUUGCUUCAGAAAGAGCAGCAGCUUUAUGUAAUGCUUGUGACCUCUCUGGAAAAUCCUUGUUUGUGCUACCACACACUGAUCAUCUGGUUGGUUAUAUUAUAAGAUUAGAGAAUGCUUUUUAUGAGCAUGCACAGACCUACUACUAUACAGAAAUAAGAAGGGUAAAAUCUCAUAAAGAAUUCUUGAAUAAAACAACACAUCAGCUUUUAUUUGUGAGACAUCAGUUCAAAAUAGCAUUCUUCAGUGAGCUGAAACAGGAUACACAGAAUGCUCUAAAAAAUUACAGAACUGCAUAUAAUCUUGUACAUGAAUUGAGGGCGCAUGAAACGAACAUGUUGGAAAUCAAGACCAUGGCAGGAUUUAUAAACUACAAGAUUUGUCGCCUCUGUUUUCAGCAUAACACCCCAUUGGAUGCAAUUGCUCAGUUCAGGAAGCACAUUGACUUGUGCAAGAAAAAAAUAGGCAGUGCAGAGUUGGCUUUUGAGCAUGCUGCCUGGAUGUCUAAACAAUUUCAGGCCUUUGGAGACUUGUUUGAUGAGGCUAUUAAACUAGGCUUGACAGCAAUUCAGACUCAGAAUCCAGGUUUCUAUUACCAGCAAGCGGCAUACUACGCACAGGAGCGGAAGCAACUAGCAAACAUACUCUGUAACCAUGACUCUUCUAUCAGCUAUCCCAAUCCGGAUCCACUGGAAACUCAAACUGGAGUGCUUGACUUCUAUGGACAGAGAUCAUGGCGUCAGGGAAUACUAAGCUUUGAUCUUUCUGAUCCAGAAAAAGAAAAGGUGGGAAUUCUAGCCCUGCAACUAAAAGAGAAAAUUGUUCCUCACUCUGAGUUAAUAAUCACUUUGCUGAGUAAUGCUGUAGCACAGUUCAAGAAAUACAAAUGUCCAAGGAUGAAGAGUCACUUAAUGGUUCAGAUGGGUGAAGAAUAUUAUUAUGCUAAAGAUUACACCAAAGCUCUGAAGCUGUUAGAUUAUGUCAUGUGUGAAUACCGUAGUGAAGGAUGGUGGACUCUCCUUGCUUCCAUAUUGACCACAGCUCUCAAAUGUUCUUACCUUAUGGCACAAUUAAAAGAUUACAUUACUUAUUCUCUAGAGCUGUUGGGUAGAGCAUCCACUUUAAAAGAGGACCAGAAGUCUCGGAUAGAAAAGAACCUGAUUAAAGUUCUUAUGAAUGAGAGCCCAGAUCCUGAACCUGAUUGUGAUGCUUCUGCUGUGAAAACGUCACAGAAGCUGUGGACUGACCGCGUUUCCCUAGCAGGCAGCAAUAUUUUUACAAUAGAAGUUCAAGAUUUUGUACCAUUUGUGCAAUGCAAAGCAAAGUUUCUUGCUCCAAGUUUUCAUGUUGAUGUUCCUGUUGAGUUCGAUAUUUACUUGAAAGCUGAUUGUCCUCAUCCAAUCAGGUUUUCUAAACUAUGUGUCGGCUUCAAUAACCAGGAAUACAAUCAGUACUGUGUGGUAGAAGAAGCAUAUCAGAAAAGUGAUAUUCUGGAAUAUUCAUCCCAGGGACCAGUGUGCCUAGUCCCUGGUAAAACAAGAAAAUUCACUUUCAGAUUUGUUGCAAAAAGUGAAGAUGUGGGAAAGAAGAUUGAGAUCACCUCUGUGGAUUUAAUCCUGGGCACCGAUACUGGCAGAUGUGUGAUUCUGAAUUGGCGUGGAGGAGGAGGAGAUGCUGCUUCAUCUCAAGAAGCAUUGCAGGCAGCUCGCUCCUUCAAACGGCAACCUAAACUUCCAGAUAAUGAGGUUCACUGGGACAGCCUGACUAUUCAGGCAAACACUAUGAUCAUUUCUAGAGUGCCAAAUAUUUCUGUUCAACUCCAGCAUGAACCUCCUGCCCUGACUAAUGAAAUGUAUUGUUUGAUUGUGACAGUCCAGUCACAUGAGAAGACAGUUGCCAAAGAUGUGAAGCUCACAGCAGGUUUAAAACCAGGGCAAGAUGCCAAUCUGACUCAGAAAACUCAUGUGACCCUUAAUGGAACAGAAAUCUGUGAUGAUUCUUAUCCUGCAUUGCUUCCUGAUAUCCCUGUAGGAGAUUUACAGCCAGGAGAAAAGCUGGAAAAAGCAGUAUACAUUCGUUGUGGAACAGUUGGUACCAGGAUGUUUCUGGUCUAUGUUUCCUAUUUAAUCAGUGCUACGGUUGAGGAAAAAGAGCUAAUCUGCAAGUGCCACAGGGAUGAAACUGUAACUAUAGAAACUGUAUUUCCCUUUGAUGUUGCUGUUAAAUUUGUUUCUUCAAAGUUUGAACAUUUAGACAGAGUCUUUGCAGACAUACCCUUUUUACUGAUGACAGACAUUCUGAGUGCUUCACCUUGGGCUCUCACUAUUAUAAAUAGCCAGCUACAACUUUCGGCUUCCAUGGUACCAGUAGACCAACUGGAAUCUUUUGUGGAGAAUGUUGUUUUGCAGACAGGCGAGAGUGCUAGUGAAUGCUUUUGCCUUCGGUGUCCACCAGUUACUAAUGGUCAAAGUGGAGUGGCUACCGGACGUUAUGUAAUCUCCUGGAAAAGGAGUUCAGCUGUGGAAAGUGUACCUGUGGUUUGUACUGUGAUCACUCUACCACAUGUGAUUGUAGAGAGCAUCCCACUCCAUGUUAAUGCAGAUCUGCCAUCAUUUGGUCGAGUCAGAGAAUCCUUGCCUGUCAGAUAUCACUUGCAAAACAAGACCAGUUUAGUCCAGGAUGUGGAAAUAUCAGUGGAGCCAAGCGAUGCCUUCAUGUUUUCAGGUCUUAAACAGAUACGAUUGCGAAUCCUUCCUGGCACACAGCAGGAAAUGUUAUAUAACUUCUACCCUCUCAUGGCUGGAUAUCAGCAGUUACCAUCUCUUAAUAUCUUGCUGCGGAUCCCAAACUUCACUAAUCAGUUGCUCAGACGAUUCAUACCAACGCACAUUUUUGUAAAGCCACAAGGUCGCCAAGCUGAUGAUACUUCUAUCGCAGCUGCAUAACUGCAGACAUGGACUUAUGCACUAGAAGGAAAUGGGAUGUUGCACAGAAUGUAUAAAAUUUUGCUCUUUGAACCAUAGCUUUGAUCAAACUUUACAAAUUAAACUUUUAUUUUUAAAUUACAAUUAUGACCGCUGUUAGCAGAACUAAUGUUUAAACACUUAGUUUUUCAUAAAAUUUCACUAAUGAAUAAAUAUACGGAAUAAGUUGGUGCUCUGUUUAACGUGAACAUUCUUUCUCUUGAAGUUAAUUUCAUGAAUGUUAAAUGCUUUUAAGUAGUAGUAUUAUAUGGAAUGUCUUGAGAAUGAAAAUGAAGAAAACCAAGUUCACUUGCCCAAAAAAGAGAAGUGCCACUUUCUUCAUUAAUGAUGGCUUGAGGUGCAAUGUCUGUGCUUUUUGUUAUCAGGAUUUACAGCAUUGAAAGUCAUCGUAUCUGAUAAACUUAUUUUUUUGCCGUUUAUAUUCAGAGGCUAGAACAGUGUGCAGCAGCCUGGACUCUCAGAUCUAUAAAUGACUUACUACUACAGAUGGAACUGUUGGCAUUGAGUGGCUUCCUAAUGCUUAAGCAGAGUCAUUAAUUUAAAAGGCUCUCUUUUUACCAGGAGAACUGUUCUUCAAAAUGUUUCACUCAGCAGUGACUAGUCAGUAAAAUAUGGAGUCUUUGUGAGCAGCUUCAUUAAGUACAGUUGUACUAUCCAACAUUAACUUGAAAUGGUUUGAAUUGUUAAAAAUGCAUUGCUUCCAGGUUAAAGAAACGUUUUGACAGUAUUCUGCUGUGUCAGUUUAGAGGUACAUCCUUGUGUAGCUUCACAAGCUGGUAUUUAAAAUAUUCACAGUAAAUCAUGUAAAUAAAAAUUAUGUUGUGAAAUCUUCCAUUGUUUAACUUUCUAAAUAGUUAAAUUAAAGAAGUGAAUUUUGA